ACCUCGCCGUGAGAACAGAACAGCGUCUAACCGGACUUACGUUUCUCUUCCAUACGCCGCGCGUUGCUCACGGGGCGCGGAUACAGGGUUGCAGCUGGCGUCGGGGGCUCGAACCUACGGAAAGGACACGGAUCCAGGACCGGGACUGACCCUGAGGAUGAUGAAGUUGGUCAGCGGGGGCUCUGUAGUGAAUGCCGAGGCAGUAUGGGACCAUGUGACCAUGGCUGACCGGGAGCUGGCCUUCAAGGCCGGCGAUGUCAUCAAGGUGUUGGACGCCUCGAAUAAGGACUGGUGGUGGGGUCAAAUCGACGAGGAGGAGGGCUGGUUUCCCGCCAGCUUCGUCAGGUUAUGGGUAAAUCAAGAGGAAAACACCGUGGUCGAGGCUGCCGAAAGCUCCAGCGAGGUGCAGAAUGGCCAUGCGGAGGCCAGUCCGAACCCCAGCACUGACUGCCUGUGCCUGGGCCAGCCCACGCAGAACCGGGACCAGAUGAGGGCCAAUGUCAUCAAUGAGAUCAUGAGCACAGAAAGACAUUACAUCAAACACCUGAAGGACAUCUGUGAGGGGUAUCUCCGUCAGUGUAAAAAGAGGAGAGACAUGUUUAACGACGAUCAGCUGAAAGUGAUCUUUGGAAAUAUCGAAGACAUUUACAGAUUCCAGUUGAGCUUUGUCAGAGACCUGGAGAAACAGUUUAACACGGAAGAACCUCACCUCAGCGAGAUCGGACCUUGCUUUUUGGAACACCAAGAUGGAUUCUGGAUCUACUCGGAAUACUGUAACAACCACGUUGACUCCUGCAUGGAGCUCACACGUCUCAUGCGAGACGCACGAUACCAGCACUUCUUCGAAGCUUGCCGAUUGGUUCAGCAGAUGAUCGACAUCGCCAUUGAUGGCUACCUGCUCACACCAGUCCAGAAAAUCUGCAAAUACCCUCUACAGCUGGCAGAGUUACUGAAAUACACAGUACAAGAACACAGUGAUUAUCGGUACGUAGCUGCGACGCUAGCUGUAAUGAGAAAUGUCACUCAGCAAAUCAACGAACGCAAACGAAGGCUUGAGAACAUUGACAAAAUUGCCCAAUGGCAGGCCUCUGUACUGGAUUGGGAGGGCGAGGAUAUUCUGAACAGGAGCUCAGAGCUUGUGUACACUGGGGAGAUGUCCUGGAUAUAUCAACCAUACGGGCGCAGCCAAACCAGAAUCUUCUUCCUAUUCGAUCAUCAGAUGGUCCUCUGCAAGAAGGAUCUCAUUCGCCGUGAUAUUCUCUACUAUAAGGGUCGGAUUGACAUGGAUCCAUACGAGGUCAUUGAUGCAAUCGAUGGCAGAGAUGAUGAUUUUAACGUUAGCGUGAAGAACGCCUUCAAACUGGCCAACAGAGACACAGACGAGAUCCAUCUGUUCCUGCCCAAAAAGCUGGAGGAGAAAAUCCGUUGGCUUCGGGCGUUUCAAGAGGAAAGAAAGAUGAUUCAGGAAGAUGAGAAGCUUGGCUUUGAAAUCUCUGACUAUCAGAAGAGACAAGCUGCCUUGACCGUUAAGAGAGCCACCAAACAGAAAGGUGUGGGCCGGUCAGGCCCCCCAGCGUACCCACCUCCACUGGACCCCAUGAACCCCGGGCAGUACCUUCUCCCCGACGGAUACGGGCAGGCGGACGGAUACGAAUACGAGCCCAAACGCAGCACAUCUCCCUUCUGGCAGAACUUCAGUCGGUUAGCUCCCUUUAAAAAAUAGAACACACAUCCACCAGGGGUCGGAUACACCAGCCUCUGUAUACUUGGAAAAGCACUAUUCUACUUAAGAUACAUCAGCGGGACUUGAGGAGGACCGACACACACACACAAACUACAGGAGAGAGGACGGACCUCGCUUUACUGGGGUUUACCAGGUGUAUUUCUUUUACUGGGGUUACGGGGACACCUCGCUGAGCUGGCUGCACUGAAUACUAUACACAACAUGUUGUAAUUCACAGAAGAAAAAAAAUCAUGCAAACGCACACACAAAACAUACAUUUUAUCCCUCAGCACUCUCUAUGUAGAGAGGUUUUAAAUUAUGAAACACAGUUUCUUAUUCUCUAAGCACUAAACCAACGUAAUGACUCUUGCUCUCUAGCGCCGCCCUGGUGUUCCUCCGUGCACUGUGACUAUUCGGGGCAUUCUCUCUCACCCAAUCUCUCUUUUUCUCUCUCAAUCUCAUACUCCACAUUAUCACGUGUUUUCCCAACAGUUUCAAGUCUGGUCAAAGCAGAAGAUUUUUUGUUUUCCUGGACAAUCUCUCCUUGAAUGGAACCUGCUGCACUCUUUAGUUUGUUUUGCAUGUGAUUCAGUUCAUUGCAGGUAUUUUUAUUUGUGUAACUCUAUUCCUACGGGUCUCAAAGAACAGUGGAUCACGAUCUGCAAAUUUGUCACACUGGUUGCUUACACUGAUCACGGUAUACUGGAAAUACGGAUAUCGGAACAACUUUGACAUUCAUAGAGACCUCCAGUCAGUCAAGCUAAAAGUCAUUUCGGUUUGCUGGAGCUUUUAGGCACCCCGAUAAAAACACUGACCAGAGAAACCUAAAGGAGGAACUGUUUUGCUCUGAACAGUGGACCUCUGUAGCGUGUUUACGUCAGAGCCUUGUUUAUCCUGAGGUCUCGGUCUCGGCUUCACCAUUGUUUCUCUCUCCCGUCAUAAGUGCAAUCCGAGAGAAGACCAGAAAACCUAAAAAAAAAUGUAAUAAUGUCACCUCUGAGCCCUGUCUUGAUUUUAUGGGGAAUGAUACCUGGACCAGGACGACUUUAAUCCUGCUGAUCAACCUCGUAAUGACGUGCCAAUUCAUCUCUAACAUGCCAAAAUAGUCUGGUUGCCAAAUUUUCCUCUAACAGGUGCAUUGGCAUGUGCGAAUGCCAACCCCAUGAGCUGGUACCCCGCCAUGUGACUUCUCAGGCGAAAAUUAAGUCAGUGAAAUUUGGUUAUCGCUGCUAGGAUUAGCAUGACAUAGCGUUUCAGUUGUUCAUUUUU